ACAGCUCCGGUGCUGAUCGCGAGGAGGAUUUGUCAACAGAGCCCGGGUGGGCGGCGGGCGGCGGCGGUUGGCGUGCGCGAGCGAGCGACGAGCGGCAGCGGAGCGAGAGGCGGGCCGCGCCCGGCGAUGAGGCACGAAGCGCCCAUGCAGAUGGCAUCUGCUCAAGAUUCCAGAUAUGGCCAAAAAGAUACAUCUGACCAGAACUUUGAUUACAUGUUCAAACUGCUCAUUAUCGGCAACAGCAGUGUUGGGAAAACCUCCUUUUUGUUCCGAUACGCUGAUGAUUCCUUUACAUCUGCAUUUGUAAGCACAGUUGGGAUCGAUUUUAGUAAAACAGUUUUCAAAAAUGAAAAAAGAAUUAAGCUACAGAUUUGGGACACAGCAGGUCAGGAGAGAUACAGAACAAUUACCACGGCUUACUACCGGGGUGCAAUGGGCUUCAUUUUAAUGUAUGACAUCACGAAUGAAGAAUCCUUCAAUGCUGUGCAGGAUUGGUCAACUCAAAUCAAAACAUACUCUUGGGAUAAUGCCCAGGUUAUUUUGGUUGGUAACAAAUGUGACAUGGAGGAUGAACGGGUAAUCUUCACUGAGAGAGGCAAACAUUUAGCAGAGCAACUUGGAUUUGAAUUUUUUGAAACAAGUGCCAAGGACAACAUUAACAUCAAGCAGACAUUUGAGCAACUCGUGGAUAUCAUCUGUGACAAAAUGUUGGAAAGUCUGGAGACGGAUCCCACCAUUGCUGCCAGCAAGCAGAACACACGGCUAAAGGACACCCCUCCUCCACAGCAGCCCAACUGCGGCUGUUAAUGCAACUAUCAACAAAGGCAGUUCCAGUGCGUUCCGUUGCCAACAGAGUAUUUAUGAAUGGUCUAUAUGCCUUUAUUUAUACUGUCUUAUUAAUUUAUUUGAGAGAAAAAUCUUUUAUUUUACAUCAGCAGCUGGUUGAGCAUGUGUAUGGAGAUAGAGGUUUUAUUAGUUUGAAAGGACGAUCCAUUUUUUAGCAUCUGGCUUUUGCAUGCAGGAUGGCUGUUAGUUUCUCUUUUCUUUUUACUGUUUUACAUUACACUUACUUCAGCUGGUGCCAUAUCCUCAGACCACAUUUGCCUAGAAUUGAUUUUUGCUUCAUGGGUUUCAAAUUAUAUAGUUGAAUCCUUAGGGUAGUGGCCAAGGUGGUUUAGAAUAAGCUUCCUGAUGUCACUUAUAUUUUCUCCUCACUGAAAAUCAAUUUAGAAAUAUUGCUCUAGUGAGCCAAUCACUCAUUCUGUCUAGAUCAUUUGUAUAAGGGACACUUCCUGGAGUGUAUUGCCGUGGCAAAUCUACACUCACUAUGUUACACAUCAUGGCUGCUUGGAAAUUGCAGAAGUUAGAAAGGAAAAACCUCCAGCCUUCCUGGACCCAAAGCCACCGAACUUCCCUGUGAGUUUCCAACUGGAUGUGGGUGUUCAGUGCAGAUCCUCAGAGAUAUGAGGUACUUCAUCCUGUUUGAAUAGCUAGUAUGUUUACAUUUCCAUGGAAGCUGCAUGUCUAUCUAAUACCUUUCUGAAACUGGAUCAUUACAAAGAUCCCAGUAGUACCUGCCCCAGUACUGGAGGGCUGACUAGCUCUUUUCAUUUCUACCUGCAUGAGAUAUUAAAUACACAGUUCUGAUAUUACCCCUGGCAGAGCCAAAUCCAUUACGCUCAGUUGUUCAUAGCUGAAAACUGUCUUAUGUUGCUGUCAAACUUGUAUACUUAAACAUUCAGGAAUUUCAUCUCCCGUUCAGUCACUGAGACAACCAUCACCACACUGGCUACAAACACAUGUAUUUCACUCAGACCUCUUGCAGAACAACUGCUGCUCAUGUCGGUGAACUGGAGUUUGACCUCAAUUUUACUUUGAUGAGAAUAUCUUGGUUUUUACAAGACAAUUAGAAAUUCACAAGAUUUUUUAAAAUUUUAGGAGUAAUAAAAAAUUGACAAUUGUCAACAUUUCUGGAGUUAGGCUGAAUAUAUUCAUAAGAUCAGCAAAAGGCUGUGAAGACAGCAGAAUAAAGUACACAAAUUCUUUUUUAAUAAAGUGUUAAAAAUAUUAAUAUUUCACAGUUUUUAAAAGUACUCCUUUAGUACUUGGUGGCAGUUUCUUACAUCUGUGCCCUGGAGUACUUUGUAUAACUGCUUUACUUGGGUCACAGUGACAUUUUUUUAACUAAAUUGCAUAAUUGAAGAAGCAUUAACUGUUUUAUUGUUCCUAUUAGACAGGAUUUAGGACAAGGCUGACAUUUCUUAAAAUGUCUGCAACGGGAAAAAUUGGAAGACAAAUUUAAAAAAGGAAGUAACACAAGGUACUGCAAACUGUUCAUGACUGCAAAGAAAUCCCUUUACGCACAUUAACUUUUUUGAAGGCAAUUUAUAUAACUUCCUGAAACACACUAAGAGAAAAUGGUCACACUUUUUUACUGGUUAAAUAACCUACAUAAACUUUGACACAGUAAAAACGACUUUCAAACAAGGCAUAUAGACACAUGUAAAAUGGGUAUGCCAUCAGGAAGCUACAUUGGCUGCCUAACUUAAAUGAAUAAAUGUUCUUUCUUCAGUCUGGGGUUUUAAACAAUAUCUGUCCUGUUAGCUAGCUUCCUUAAGCACUUGUUUUCCUAGUAGACACGGAGGCUGAACCUUCACUUGUUUACUUCUAUGAAGGGAAAGCACUGUCCUCUUUGGGGCCGAUGAGCAGCCAGGUGGAAGAGGCAUGUGCUACCCUAACCAUAACCCUGUCUCUCUCCAGGGAUGCUGCUUUUCUCUCCCCCAUCUAAGGUAGCAUGUUGAUAACUGUGCUGAGAGACUUUCAUUGAUACCUCUUCACCCACUAGGUACCAGCUGCUUUGGAAAAAGAAGUGAUAAGAAGCUGAGGAAGCUUUGUGUGAGAUGGUGGGCAGUUUUCCACCCUAUGCUUGCUAUGUGCAGUUAUUCCUGCUGGAGAAAAGGGAGCAAGGAAGCCUUGAGACAGCACUCAGCUGCAGCCCUCAGUCCUUUAGGAAAGGUUUAGGUUGUAUUAUUAGUCUGAGCCAUCCUCAGGCAAGGCAAGGCGACAGGAGGACAUGGUCACAUCUUAUAUGAGCUUGGGCAUAUCCUGGAUCAUGCAGCAUGGCUACAAGUGCAAAUAUUCUCCCAGCUUUGCUCUGGGAUGCUGGCUGCAAAAUGGUCAUCUUCUGUGCAUGUUGUAACAAGGAAAAAAGACCCCAAGAUGCCCCUUGCUACAGCCAGCCACACCUUGCUUGUACUCCAUUGCAAUGAAUUCUAGACCCUUCCUGCCUCUUUAUGACCAUGUAGACUCUAAUCAGUGGUGGCAAUAUAUUAUUAGCAUAUAUCUUUUUAAAGAAAUUGAGUGAUAGAUAAAUAGUUCUUUACUUAAAUAAGAUGAAUAAAUUGCUUUUCGUUUUGCAUCAAAAGACUGGGCAGAAGAGUAAUAGCAAAAUCAAAGAGGGAGAAUCUCUCCUUUGGAUUUCUGAGACAACUAACUACCCAGGCCUCCAACAUGUCUGAUCUUCUGUAUGGGAUGGGGAGGAUGGGGGAAGCAGCUGCCAGAGUAACAUUGUUCAUUAGACUGCCAGCCAUGUGUUAUAAGGAAAAGGCUCAUCUGAAGUACAACAGCAGAACCAGUCAGUAGAUUAAAAAACUCCUAGGAUCUUUGUAUUGACACUCAGAUAUUGUCAUAGAGUUCAGAAUUAGAUUAAUUUUUAAAGUGUUCACAUCAAAUUCUUGGAGGUUUUCAAGAUUAGACUGGAUAAAGCCCUGAGCAAAUUGCUCGGACCUCUUAGUUGACACUGUUUUGAGCAGGAGGUUGGGCUGGAUGACCUGCUGAUGUCCUAUCGAACCCAAUUUAUCCUAUGUGGAAGUUCAAGUAGACCUCUUCUGAACAAUCAGGGUUACUUACUGUUGGAAAAGUAGGCUUUGAUUUUCCAUCACAGGUUGGCUUUUGGAGCCAUGUGUUUCACAGGAAUAUUGAGUUUGGUCAGAUUUAGAUCAGAAGCAUCAUGAUCUCAGUGCCUCUCUCAGCUGGAACCUGGCUAUUGUAGAGAAACAUGAAAGACAGAAAGGCUUUGGGGAAGUAACUUACUAUCCCUUCCCCAAACAUUCUAAAAAUGUAGUUUGAAUUCUGGGGGAACUAGCAGGAUUGGGAUUUUCAUUCUAUUUAAAAUUAUGCCUUGGCCUGUUUCAUAGGGUAGGAUUUCCAAAAGCAGCUUGUGUCAAUCUAGUUCAGCUCCUAUUGACUUAUGUGAUGGAAUUGCAAUUUUCUUAAAUGCAAGUAGAGUUAGGCUAAUAUUGAGCACUUCUGGAAAUCCCAUCCCAACCUGAUCAAGGGCCAAAAUUUAAACAAUCAAUGGCUCGUUCUUCACACAUAUCCAAUAGUCACUGAUUAUGAGUUGUUGGAUGAGACAAGCAGGAUUUGGUUAGAUCCCUGAUCUAUCCACUG